AUCAACAAGCAUGCUGCCUCGACCCUUUUAACCGACGCAAAGCCAACGUGCAGACCGAGCAUUGGAGACUUGACUUUCCCGGAUGCAGCCCAUCAAGACCUGCACUUGAUCCCGCUGUUCGUAAAUAAUGAUUAUCAGCGCAUCGUAGCAUCCUCAGGGGGGAAUACGCGCUGCUAUCGCUCGGAAAAUCCGUGGGCCUGCACCGUGGCGAAGUCCUGAGCAGACCUCUGGGCAGCUUUAAGAAGAUGGAUGUUUCCUCGCUGUGGGCAGAGGCUAGCGAGGAGGUGGAGCCCUCGCUGGCGAGCACAGGUGGCGAGGAGGAUCGAUCCUUGGUCACGAGGGUGACCCGCACCCGCACCCGUAGCGCUGCCGCGCCAUCCACUGCACCUCCCCACAAGCGGACGCAGCUGCAACAGCCUGCACCACCCUCCACGCCCGACCGGGCGCAGCCCCUGCCACAGUACGCGCCUUCUGACGUGUCAUCAGCAUCCACUGCUCCGCAUGCGGCAGGCCCCUUCAACAACGUGAUGAGCGCUGCAGCCCUGUCCAGCAGUGCCGUGCCAACCACAAUGCAUGCAACGCCUCAGAGAACAAGGCCAUCAGCCCCGCCCAGCACUCCAGCGCAGCCUGGGCCUGCAUCAGGCACGAGCGGCGGAGGGGGCCUGGUGCUCGUGCCGUCGCGUGAGCUGCAGGUCUCUGGCGACCUGGCGGCAGCGCUGGAAGCAGAGCUGCAGGAGAUUGAGCGCAAGUACAUUGAUGCGGGGCUGCCGCCACGGCGUAGCAGCCCCGGAUCCACCAGAAGGUGGAGCGCGGCUCAGUCGCCCGCGGCCAGUGCCGGAGGAGCGAGCGCCGUGGCCCAGCGACCCUCCUCCGUGUCCCGCCACUACCAGCUCCACCGCGAUGCAACACACCCGCUGCACCCGCACCACGCCCACCACCACCAGCAUCACCAGCACCACAUUCUGCAUCAGCGCGCAGCGGGUUAUCGCGCACAUGAACAGCACGAGCCGGGCCUUGAGGCAGCCGCGCAUGCGCAGCCCCCGCUCAUGCCGGCCGCAUCGACCCUGCCACCGGCGGACGCGAGCGCCGGCCUUGCAUGCGAGCCAGUGCCGCUGCCUUCACGCCUACUGACUGUUGCCUUGCCGGGCCUGCCAGCAGCGGCUGUACCAGCGCCUGACGCCGCCUCAGCAGGAGCGGCGCGUUCGCUGCUGUCAAUGUUUGCGGUGGACGAAGCGCCCGGUGCUGCGGGCAUGGCAAAGCCAGGCAAUGCGGCUGAGCCCGCUCCUGGCGCGCAGGCCAGCCACGUCGCGCCGGGCGCAGCACCCUCAGGCGCACAGGGCGGCAAGCCGGCAACGGACACGCUGACGCAGCUGCUGUCCCGGCUGCAACAGCAGCAUCUGCCGCUCGGCCAAGAGGAGGGCGCAGGCGAGCCUGGUAGCCCAGCGGUGAGGGCGCUAGGUCAGGGGUUGCAGACGGUGCAUGGAGCUUACGACCGGCUGGAGAGCCGGGUCCGCGAGCUGCGGGCGCUUGUGGGCGGCUCGCCACACAGCUCGGCGCCACACAGCACAGCCGCCAGUGCCCGGAGCAGCCCCGGGCGCAGUGAAGCUGGGCGUGUGCAGGCGGUACGGAUGGAGGGCAGUCCGGCGCAGGCGCAACCAGGCGCAACGACGGCAGCCAGUUCCAGCGGCGGGGGCGCUCGUGGCGCCAGUGUACCAGGCGGUGUACCUGGUGUGUUGUUGCAUACCUUGGCUGGUGUCAGCAAAGAGCUGCAUGGGGCCUCGGGCGAAGGCACAGGAGGAGCCAGUGCAGAUCUCAGCAGCGGCCAUGUCGGCAGCGCCACCCGGGCGCUCGACAUGUUGCUAGGCCUUAGCUUGGUCGACGGCCUGGAGUCUGGCUAUCAUCAACAAAGGCCAGCGGCAGUCGCUGGAGCCGCUGACACUGCUUCCGAUGCAGUGCAAGUGCCAGCUGCGCUUGGCGUUGAGGCAGUUGUUCAUGGAACGGGCACUUGGGAAGCAGUGCCAGCCGGCAUCCCGGCACACGUCUUGCGGCCUUCUCCGGGUGGCAGCAGCGGUGGCGGAAGCCACGCGACCGGCAGCCGCAGCUCGACGGCUGCAGGCAUGCGGGCCAGCGGCUGGAUGUCCACACCCACAGCCACGUCCACUACCAGCGGCGGCGACGCAAGCGCUAGUCUUGCUUCUGAGGUGACGCUGCGGAACACGCCGCAGCAGUUGCAAGCGCCGCAGCUCAGCCACCUCGGCGAGCGCCACCGCCAGCAGCAGUCCCUGCCAAACACAACACCGCUGUUGCCAGCGCAACAGCAGCCACAGCCCGACCAUCAGCACUAUUUCGAUGCAGCGUCACGCCCACAGCGGCCGCAAGAGGAGGGCCGCCAGCCGCGUAUCAGCGACGCAGACGCGCUGGUGCCCCUGGUGGGGCAGGGCCGCGAGGAGGAGCUGCAGAGCGGCAUCCCGCUCAGCUGCGCCCUGCCGGACGGUGGUGCGGCAGUCAUGGAGGCAAGGGCGCGCCUGGCAGCUGCGACCGCCGCCAGCGCACGCACAGCCGCCGCGGCAGCAGCUGCCGCUAAGGCAGCCGAGGACGAUGAUGCGGCCCGCGAGGCCGCACGCAACCAGCCGCCGCCGCCCGUGUUCCAGACCGUGCUCGCUGCGGAUCGGCCAGCGCGGUUACAUGGGCGGCCACUCGGGGCCCUGGAUGCAUAUGCGCUACUGCCGCCUGCCCACGUCACCUCGGUGAUCAGACCGCUCCUGCAUCUGGCCCGCGACUCGGAGGCUGCUGCAGACGCGGACUGCCAGUCACACCGUGUUCUUUCGCCAGAUAUGGUUACGCAGCCAUCGGGCGGCGGCCGCCAGGCGGACGAGCAGUCCCGGACGGCAGCGGCGGCAGCGGCGGCUCGUGCCGAGGAGGAGGCCUUAGAGCUUCUGGAGGCGCUGGAGUGGAGCGUGGCGGCGGACGCGGCGGCCUUGGACGAUGAGUUCCUGGCAGUGCUGGGGCGGCGGUUGGGGCACCUCGACUUGGCGCAUGGCGCAGGUGAUGCCGCGGCUAGCAGCGCAACGGCAAUGCACAGUGCGGCAGGGCAGGCAGCGGGCGCGGGGUUUGGAGGGCCAGCAGCGGCAGCUGUGGCUGCGGCGAUGGCGGCUGCGACGGGCUCAAGUGGUGGUGGACAGGGACUGGAGACUGAGCUGCUGCGGGCAGCACGGCAGACGGCUCUUGGCGCAGUGCAGUCGCGGCUGGAGCAGCUGCAGGUCCGCUACGCGUCCAAGCGGCGGCAUCGCCGUGUGGCAAGCACCUCCUCCGCCGCUGCGAGACCAGAGGCCAUGGCGGCCGUGCCGGCUGCUGCUGCAGCAGGCGUUGCCUCUGGCGCAGGUGGCAGCCUAACGCCCAGCAAAGGCCUGCAAAGCAUUCUCUCGCAUUGCGCCUCACCCAAUCGGCGCGCAGCUGCAGGCGAGACACCAUCGCCAGCCGCUGCUGCUGCAGGCGUCAGCACAACAGUGGCAGGCUUUGCCCGGUCUCCGCGCUACGGGGCACCUACGGUCGCGGCACAUUCGACGCCGCAUGCAGCGCACCCGCCGCAGCCGGCCGCCGCACGGCGUCUGUAUGCAGCAAACAGCAGCCUGACACCCCCGGCGCAAACUGCCGCGAGCUUCCCGCACGCGAGCAUUGGUGCUGGUUCUGUGGGCUCGCCGCUGCGAGGCCCGGUCAGCCAACACCUGUACGCGAAACAUUCUGACGUGCGCCUCCAGAUCUCGUCCCCGCGCUUCACGUCUGCCUCAAAGCCAUCACCAGCCGCCAGUCUUGGCUACUCUUCCCAGACCCCGCCGUCUGCUGGCGGCGCCACAACCCCGGAAGCUGCGGACGCAGCAGCUGGAACCGUCGCCUGCAGCAGCGGCAGCGGCCCUGUAGGUGGCCCGGAGGGGCCCGGCCUGCAGCUGCCGGCAGCUACCACGCCUGAGGAGCUGGAAGAGCUGCGGGCGCUGUGUGACAUGGCGCGGCAUCUACCGCAGCUGGGGCCGCUGGAGAGAGUGCAGCUGUGGGGCCGUGUCGGCGAAGUCUUGGCACACAAGUUAGCGCGCGCGAACCCUGUGGAGCAUCAGCACCAGCAGCGCGGAGGUAUUCCUGACCGGCCAGCGGGCGGGUCGAGGUACGCUACCCCCGUGAAGGCGACUGCUUUUGAGGCGGAGGAGCAACACGCAAGUGGGGAUGCCGAAUCGCCUGGUACCGCUGGCCGAGGCGCGGGGGAGCAACAGUGGGGCUCCCUACACAGUGGCGGUUCGCUGACCCGCGGCUAUGCCGCGGUCUGGGAGCGACGGCAGAACAGCACGGGCUCCCGGGGCCAAAGUAUGAGCCCAGCCCGCGGCGGCGAGGGCUCGGAUGUACCGGGCAACCAGAGCCCGGGCGCUGCCGCGGCCUCUCCUACACACACGGUGAGCUCCAGUACAGGGCCGGGCGGCGCCAGGCUGCGGCUCAUGCCACAGCAGCCGCGCUCCCCCGGCCCCGUGGCCGCGUCGGCAGCCGCUGCAGCGCCAGCUACUGGAAUGAGGUCGCCGGGCGGUGCGGGGCUACUGGACUCGACUAUGGAGGUGGUUCACCGGCUGAUUGCGCCCAAUGCGACCCUGGCCCAGGCUAUGAGUUUAAACUGGAAGGCUGUGCGCACGCACCUGGCCAGUCAGGAGGCGGCCGCCAGCCCGCAGCGCCUCGCGCUGUCACCCAAACACUGAGAGCUGGCUGGCGUUGUAGGCUUGGUGUAGAUGCUGUGGGCGCAUCAUGAUGGUGUUUGCAUGAGAUGCCACGAUCCCAUGUGUAUGUAUACUAAUAAGGUUGUUUCACAUGUUGGAUUUCAGUAUGGUAAGGUGGCAGGUCUGGACGGUUUGGGAGCUGCAUGCGCAACCAAUGAAGCCAUCGAGUAUACUUGCAGUCUCGGCUCAUAUUCUCCCGGCAACCUUCCUGAGCAAGCAUUCUACGCCCGUUAACACACAGGGCAACUUGUCUAGGGGGGCGACUUGCCAGAUUGCCUCGCGGGGAUUGGGCUACGGUUUCUCUGCGAGGCAUCAGCCACAGCGCCAGGCCGGUGUGUAAGCAUGGUUUACGAGUCCUUACCCAGCGCUGUCACACACAGAAGUCACGCCGAUUCGUGGCCUUUGCAAGCAGAGCAGCCGCUGGGAGUGAAGAGAGGCCCAGCUGCGGCAGUAGCAGUGGCGCGCGUCGGCUGGUGCACGCGGCCCCACCGUUGCCGCCGAUCCCUAGUACGGCAGAGAACGACAGCUGUUCCGCUGUUGCAGUGGUUGUGUGAUGGGACAGGGUUCAGGCAGGUUGGCGAGGUCCCAUAGGGUGCAGCUGACGCCCGUACCCCAAGCAGACAGCAAACAGUUUGCAGCGGCAGAGCAGGAGUGCAUGGCUGGUCGAACGCCGGAGUUACUGUACCGACAAGUUGCUGACUGGCUGGAAGUUUGCUGAUGCGCAUUCCUCACGCUCCGGGC